AGCACUGAAAGAUCCUGCAUGCCACAACUAAGACCCGAUCCAGCCAAAAAUAAAUAAAUAUUAAAAAAAAAGAAUGUUUCGUAUGGCAACUCUUUGAAGAGUUUUUGUAUAAAGGGGAGCAGAAUAUUGCACAUUGUGUGACUGUGCAAUAACCAGGAGGAGGGGCUGUAUGAAGUCAAGAGAGUUGUUUUGUUUUUUUAAUGAGAAAAAGUACAGCAUGUUUGUUGAUGCAAAGAACCCAGUUGAGAUUGAAAAAUUAAUAAGGCAAGAGAAGAAUAGUGAGCAGUCUCCCUGAAUGGAGUGAGAAGGAUUGGCUGAAAUCUGCAUAAAUGGAGGGGGCAUCGGUAUAACAGGAGGAAAGCCAGAGGAUAUGGGCACAGACGCAGAUCGGUGGGUAGAUGUGAUGGGGAGAGCUAUGGAAGUUCUUUUUUGAUUGCUUCUAUUUUCUCAGCAAAAUAAGAUCAAUCUAGGAAAUCUAUGAUGUAGAGAAAAACUCUAUGUAACAAAUAAGCAAAAUAGGCAUAAUACUACGAAAGAUCAAUGGAAAGUUCAGUACAGGUUGGAACAGUCAAAGCAGAAUGGGCAAGUUCCCAGUAGGCGUCACCUAAGCAAAGGCGCAAAGACAGGAAUGAGCUGAGUGUGUGUUAGGGGAAGCCAGUUUAGUUUAAGCUGAGAUUCUGUGCACCAGAGAAGUGAAAGUAAGCUUGGUUUAGUUCAAACUGUAGAAGGCCUUCAAUGCUAGGCUGAAGAAAGAAUCUAGGCAUACAUGGCUUCCCCCGGAUUUGUGUAUUCCAUUCUAUGGUGUUGCUAAGCAAUGCAUUCCAGAGUUCUUGACUGUUCACUUCUGUUACUGCCAGUGGUGUGACUUAAGCACCCUUGGCCUUUUUACACAAUGGCAAAGACCCGGGCUUACUAUGCACAAUUUUGGAUUCAGGUUUAUCGAUAUUUUGUGGGGCUGUAUCGCCGCCUCAAGAAAUGCUGGAGUGUCGUUAAGGGCUUUUUCACUAAAAAGGAGGAAGAACACAUCCCUCCAGCUGAGAGUAUUUUUCACAAAGAAAAAAUUGCGGUGCUUGGCCGUACGGUGAAGGAUAAAUCUCUAGCCCUUGAACAGAGAGCUCAAGCUGCCUAUAGAAUUGGACUGUUGGCCUUUACAGGAGGACCAACUGCUGGAAAUUUUGCCGCUGAGUACAUGAAAGAAGUAGCUCACUUGUUGCAAAAUUACGAGAUGGAACCAAAAAUAAAGAUCCAGCUGCUCCAGAGUGUUGCAUCUUGGUGUUACUUAAACCCUGUCAACCAGAGAAGAGCCAAACAUUUGCAGUUUAUUCCUAUUCUCGUUGAUCUUUUUGAUAACAGACUUGAGCCUACCACGAAAAGUGACAUAAACAGCAACCUCCUGCUUAAAUUUUGGACUUGCUAUGUUCUCUCUGUCAUGACAUGCAAUAACCUGUCUUGUACGCAGGAGCUCAGAGACUACAGUUCUCUAAAAUAUCACUUGCAAAUGUUGGCCAGUGAGAAUUGGUCUGGAUGGCCCGAGAAUUUUGCAGAGGAGCUGUAUUUCCUCAUUGGUUUUCACAGGAGUUAAUUUCUCUAAAUCCAGUUACCUGAUGCAGCUGUCUGCACCAUUGUAUCACCCUGGAAAACUGAAAUAAAUAACAAUAUCCGAUCA